AUGUUCACACCUCCGACUCCCUCAUCGGAGAAUCAUGAUUCAUCCUCCUCUUCGGAUUCAAUUUCAAUCACUCUCAGAGUCUCUUCUCCUAUCCCAUUGAAUCGAUCUCCUUCGAGUAGUUUUACAAGAAAUUCACCUCCUGCCACCCCAAGUCUGUCACGUGUCAAUUCCAUCCUCCAAGAAAAAUCAUCGUGUCAAACAACGAACAACAACAACAGCGUUGAAAAUUCAAACAACUCGAGUGGUGGAAAACGUAAAAAAACACUUCUCAAGGCCUCUCUAUUAAUUUCUCCAUUACUUUUACCACAACAUUCACAUGCCUUGUCCAAUCAUUUAUUGACAUGUCAAUCUUCAACAACAACUUCACACUCGGAAAAUUCCAACACAACGACCGUUUCACAUCAUCAUGGUUCUUCAGUAUUUGGGAAUUAUCCAACUGGAGUGGGAUCGUCGUCGUCUUCUUUGCAAGAAAGUCAUUCUUCAGAUCAUAGUGUCAUGUCUGAAUUUUCCGCAUGGGAAGAAGUAUUUCUUCAUCAACAUGUCAUGAUGACAAGUGGCAGCAGUAGUGGUGGUGAAGGCACAAAUUCAAGUUCUUCCUCUCCUGUCACUUCAACCUCUUCUCCAUUAUUUGACGAUUCUUUCAACAACAAUAGUGAUCAAGACCAUCAUUCCUCAAAAAGAUCAAAUUUAGGAAAAUCACGAAAACUCACAACUUUUAUUUCAAAAAUUUUUGGAAUUAAUCUUUCGACAGAUGCGAAAACCAACCAUUCUCCGACUGGAACAUCCUCUUCGAAUCGAUCAAAAACAAUUCGAUUAUUCAAUUCGGGAGCUGAAACCGAUGAAUUUUUUAAAGAUUCUGCCAUCGAAGCUCUCGAAAAUAAUUCUUCCAUACCAUCUUCGUCGUCAUCUCCACUUCACAAAUCGUCACAAAAUUCCUCCUCUGCAACUUCCGGAAACAGUAAUACUCAACAACAACGAACUUAUCAAAUGGAUUUAGAAUCUCGUCAAAAAUCUAAUUUCAAUCAAUGGUUUCAAGACAAGUCACAAACGGUUGCCGCUCAACAUUUAUUCGAAAAGGAAGGAUGUGUGUAUUUUUUUAAAAAGGAAAUUAAGCCACAAAUAGGUUCUAAAAAGAGUUCCUCCUUGUCGUAUUUGUCAUCUCCGUUCAAUUCUGGACAGGGAAAUAAUGUGAGUGGUGAAAGUGGCAGUUCCUAUCAUGCGUUGAGUUCAAGUGGAGAUUUAGGAGUUGAGGAAUUUCAAUCGAAUGACAUUUUUGUCGAACGUUUCAUGUCGUGUAAAAAUGAAGUGGUGACCAUUUUUGAAAAAUCCACCAAAGACUCUCCUGUGAAACAUACCUUUUCAUGGAAUCAAAAUGUCACAUAUAGUAUCAUUCCAACCGAAAGAAGCUUUGAUACAGUGAUUUUGAAACAACAAAAAAGAAAAGUUCGAUACUACAAAAAUCAAUAUUAUUUAUUUGAAAUUCGAGUCGAACAAGGAGAUUACUUGUAUGUGAUGGAACCUUUAAUUCUUGUAGGAUUGGUGAAAACAAAAGAAGAACGAGAUGAUUGGACUGAUUUAUUUGAAAUUUAUUCCAUCUAUUCUUCUCUUAAUGUUUUCACAGAGGAUGAAUUUACAUUGGCUUCGACUUUGACACGAGAAGACAAACUUCGUGACAGACUCAUUCAAGAAUAUGAAUUAUUUAAUGAAUAUCAGAAUGAGGUGCGUGAAGGUGUGAACACUUCUAGUCAGCAAUCAUCUUUGAAACAAUCUUCACAGCAACAACAAGAGACUUUACAAAAUAUUGACAUUGACAACAAACCUCGACUCUCCAUCAUUGAUAAUCCCUUUGAAGAAAGUAAGGCAUUUCAAAAGGAGAUGGAAAAGUCGUAUUCACAUCUGAUUCAAUCGUUUGGAAAGAAUUAUUUGAACUCGUUCAGAAUGUUACCAAGCAUUCCACAAGAGCAGUGA